UUAAAAAAUUUAAAACGACUUUGUUUUCAGAUAACUCGCAAAAUAGGAGGGGAAAGCCCCAACACAUCAUAUGACAGUCGAUCUUAUAUCAGGUUUUGUAUAGUCAUGGUCGGUAAUGCAUUGUCAGGUAUGGGCGGUGACAGUAAACGCGUUUUAUAAACAAACUCAUUUUUAAUUGGAUUACUAUUCAUUUCUACCGUAUUUAUUAUCUCGUGUGCCUGUGUAAUAUUAUUCAACUUGCUCUAAUUUUAAUAACACUCGUUUAUUUCUUCUGUUCAUUUUAAUUAUAGUCAACCGAAAUUAAUUCGGUUUUGGAUUGGGUUUGGUUCAGUUUGUGUUCUGUUCAUUUUGAGCUUGGUUUGAUUUGUGUCCAGUUUAGCUCAGUUGAGUUGCUUUUUCUUAGGUUAUAGUUCGAUUAACAAAAAUCAAUUUAUAAGACAUAAAUCAAUUCAUCAUUUGAUCACCAAAUUAUCAAAUUUUUCAAACGUAAAAUUAAAUAUUACAAUAAAAAUAUAAAUUCAAUAAUUUAAAAUUAUUAUAUACAAACCUAGUAAAUUUAUCGUAGGUGGUUUUUUUGGUUUUGAUGACAAUGAAAAAAAAUCAUAUUCUUUUCUUUUAUUGUUAGUUUUAUUUUCUAUAUACAUAUAGAAGAACAAAAUAUAAAAUUAUAUUUAGUCGUUUAAGUUAGAUGGUUAAUUAAUCUUAAUGUCAAUAAUACUAAUAUAUUUAGUUAAUCUAAUAAAAUAAGCAUAUUGGUUUUUCUAUUCGGUUCAAUUUGAAACCAAGACAAACCAAACUGUUUUGAUUGAUAGAAAUUUUGACCGAAUGGUUUGGGUUGAUUUGAGUUUGACUUGUUUGGUUUGUUUUUUCUGUCCACACAAACUUUUUUCAAUUGAGUAGGUUAAAUAUACUUAAAAGAUAUGUUUAGAUUUGUGUAAGAUUAGCAAAAUCUCAGUUUAUUUAAAAAUUCAUAAAACUAAAACAACAAAUGAAGCAGUAUUUUGAAUAUCUUUUAGUACCAAAAUCUUGAAUGUUUAAGCUCGUAAUGACAAGAAAUAAUAACUGAUAGAUUAUUAGAUACGUCAAGUAAAAAACGGAAGUUGUCUCUCACAUGUGGAGACAAAUUUUCUUAGGAAAAAAAUGUAUAUAUACAUCCCACAUACCUCAAGCAUCUACAUCCCACAUCUCACUCUUCACCAACUAACGAAACCCUAAUUCAAUAUCUCUCUCUCCAACAACCAAUCUCUUAUUCUUCAUUGAACAUCUCUCGUUGAAAACAAAAAAUUCUUUUGUAUAUACAAAAAAAUGAAACAGUUGUCGACAAAAGUGACAAGCAAUGCUCAUGGACAAGACUCUUCCUACUUCUUGGGAUGGGAAGAAUACGAGAAGAACCCUUACGACGAAAUCAAGAACCCUAAUGGGAUUAUUCAAAUGGGUCUUGCCGAAAAUCAGCUAUGUUUUGAUCUCAUAGAGACAUGGUUAGCUAAGAAUCCGGACGCAGCCGGGCUCAAGAAGGACGGCCAAUCCAUUUUCAAAGAGCUUGCUCUCUUCCAAGACUAUCAUGGCCUACCCGAGUUCAAGAAGGCUUUGGCAGAGUUUAUGGAGGAAAUAAGAGGUAAUAGAGUAACAUUUGAUCCAAGCAAGAUUGUCCUAGCUGCUGGUUCAACCUCUGCCAACGAAACUCUCAUGUUUUGUCUAGCGGAACCCGGCGAUGCUUUUCUUUUACCCACUCCUUACUAUCCAGGAUUUGAUAGGGAUUUGAAAUGGAGAACGGGAGCAGAGAUCGUGCCGAUUCAUUGCUCGAGCUCUAAUGGGUUCCAAAUAACAGAAUCAGCUCUUCAACAAGCUCAGAAGCUUGAUCUUAAGGUCAAAGGAGUUCUUGUUACCAACCCAUCUAACCCACUUGGCACAAUGUUGACCAGAAGAGAACUUAACCUACUCGUUGACUUCAUUACUUCCAAAAACAUUCAUCUCAUAAGCGACGAGAUCUAUUCAGGUACAGUUUUUGGGUUUGAACAGUUCGUUAGUGUCAUGGAUGUCUUAAAAGACAAGAAACUCGAGAACAGCGAAGUCUCCAAACGAGUUCAUGUCGUUUACAGUCUUUCCAAAGAUCUAGGCUUACCCGGUUUUCGCGUUGGAGCAAUAUACUCCAACGACGAAAUGGUUGUUUCGGCUGCGACAAAAAUGUCGAGUUUCGGCCUCGUUUCUUCCCAAACACAGUACCUUCUCUCCGCAUUGCUUUCCGACAAGAAGUUCACAGGAACAUACCUCAACGAGAACCAGAAAAGACUCAAGAUUCGUCAAAACCAACUCGUGUCCGGUCUUGAGGCUGCAGGGGUUACUUGUCUUAAAAGCAACGCUGGUUUGUUUUGUUGGGUUGACAUGAGACAUCUCUUGGACACAAACACAUUCGAAGCAGAGCUUGAGCUAUGGAAAAAGAUUGUAUACGAAGUGAAACUGAAUAUUUCACCCGGUUCCUCGUGUCAUUGUACUGAACCGGGUUGGUUUAGGGUUUGUUUCGCUAACAUGAGUGAAGAGACACUCGAUUUGGCGAUGCAAAGGCUCAAAGAAUACGUAGAGUCAACAGAUAGUAGGAGAUUGAUAUCAAAAAGCAGCUAUGAGAGGAUCAAGAGUUUGAGAAAGAGAACUGUCUCUAACUGGGUUUUCCGGGUGUCAUGGACCGACCGUGUACCUGAUGAACGAUGAAACUCGUUCAUCGUCCCAUGUUUAAGGCACAACAAAUCUUCAUAUUUAUAUAAAUAAUUGGUUUUUUUAAUAUUUUGGAAAGUGUAUUAACAUUUUCCAAAAUAUUUAUAUCACUAUAUUCUUUCUCAUUUCAUAUAAGUAUAUUUUAUUUAAUUAUUCAUGUAUGUGUGUGUUUCUUUGAGAGCCUGUUGUGAUUUUUUUCUUUUGGAUGUAAGUGUUACUAGUUAAGUGCACUGGAUCCAAAUUUGCAUUUGCAACGGCUAUUUAUAUAUAUUCCCAUCGUACUGUCAGCGAAAGCUGGCAAGCUUCUUGUGUUUGCAUAUAAAUAUGUAAGAGAUAAGUACAUCUCAUAUUUUCGUAAGUUUGAUAUCUUUUGCAUUAUUAAAUGUUGGCUAUGAAUUUACUCACAUUGAUUUACUUUCUUUUGAACUUUUUCAACAUUUAUUAAGUUAAGUUGGUAUCAGUGUUUUUAAAACCGGACCGGAAGCUCAAUCGGAUAAUUUUUGGGUCAUGGUUCAAUAUGGUUCGACCGGGUCAAACCUGGUUCAAUAAUCUGGGUUAAUAUAUUUCUAGUGUAUAAAUUUAAAAGUAAUGUUAGUAAAUAUGAUACAUAUCUAAAAUAUAAAUGAAUUUAAAACAUAAACAUUGUAAAUAUAAACUAGUUUUAUGUUUAUAUUAGAUGGUUUAGAGAUUUUUGAUAGUUUUAAAUGGUUUUUAUCAGUUUAAUAACUCUGGAAUGCAAUCUCACUACGUGACGGUUCAUGGUCGAACCAAUUAUUAGAACCAACUCAGCUAUGUAUCCGGUUUAUGGUCGAACCCGGUUCAACCAUCGGGUCGGUCUGGUUUUAAAAACACUGGUUGGUAUAUAUUUUCAUGUAUACAUAAUACAUGUAUACGUGUAAUACUUUCUCAUUUUGAUACAUCAUACAUUCUCAUUUAACUCCAGUGAUCAUUAGCUAACGUAGGUUAGAGCAUAUACAGUCUUGGAAAUUGGAAAACGAAACAUAUGACUGAUUUUAAUUUAUCUUAAAAUCCGGUUAGAAGGUUUAGUGGCUUUAGUACAUAACAUCCCACCUAACAGGAUUUUCGUUAAUAGCAAUUUUUUUUAAUUACAUGAUAUAUUGUGGUACAUUACAUCAAAGAUCAUAUGAUCUUAUGCAAUGAUUGUUAGAAACUUACAUACGCUAAAUAUCAGUCAAUCAUUCUGUUUCUUUCGGUUGGAGAAACCUAUAUGUAUAAUCAUUUGGAAAGAAUAUUUAUUUCCUCAUCAGUAGUUAUUUCAUUUUUUUCAACUUCUCAAUAUAUAGUAGCAAUUUAAGAAUCUAAAAUCCCAAAAAAUAUCAAUCGAAACUAUCAAAUAUCAACCACCGCCUACCCAUCAACUACCAUCGAGUUUACGUACCAAGUCAUAAAGGUCAAGGUCAGCCAUUCUUUAGAGCCGGUUUCUACCCACCUAUCAACAAAGCCAAGAACUGUCACGAUGAGUCUCGUUUAUAUGGAAAUAACAUCAUUUGUUCAUUCUAGUGAGUGCUCUAGAACCGGAGUUCAUGGCACAAUAUCAGCCGCCUUACCGUUUGUCUCUUCGAACAAUAUGUUUUCCGGCACAGUUGAGAUUCACCUAGUCUUCCGGUUUAUCAUAGUUGGUAUAAGAGCUAAUCUUGUUUGUUUAAUGGACUGCAUAACCAAAUCUAGCUUUUCAGUGGGUUUAUCAUCAGUGUUGGUGUUCACCAACGAUCUUCAAACCAGGUCCCCUUUCAUCGGUUGUUGUACCAAUCUUAGUAUGUUCUUAGGAACAUUAGUUUCAUGGUUUCAAGUGAAGCAGGUCUACGGAUUUCUUCACCCCUUUAACAUGUCUAUCUUUUGUUAUAGUACUUUUCGGUUUCAUUUAGCCGUCGAAUUCACUUCCGGUUGUAACUGUUUAAGUCUUUUGAACAUCUAUUUUAAUAUAAGAGUUUCGUGACAAAAAAAACUAUCAAAUAUCAUAGACAUAGUAUCCUAGUUUAUUGUUAUCGGUAAAUUUUAUUUUGUCAACAUCGGUUAAUCAUAUACCGGUCAAAGAUUAUGAUACUAAUUAAUUAUGUAGAAUUGCAAACACAAUACAAUAAACAAUAAAUAUUACUUUUCAGAAUAUUCUCAAAACAAUAAAUUAUUCGAAAUCCCAUGUGCGUUGUCGGGUACUACGACGAACGAAAUAAUCAAAAAUCAUACAAAUAAAAUAUCACUUGUCAAUUUUCUAUGAAAACAAAUCUAACAACACAUCUAAUAUCGAUUAUGUUCCCUAUUGUAUGAAACGCGGAGAAACCGCAUGUAACAACAGAAGAGAAAAGUCAUUACAUGUGAGGAGCAUUAUUUUUGGUCGUCGACCCGUGUAACAUAAAGUAUUCGCCAGGUAAAAAUAAUAAUAUAGACACGUUAAAAUGAUUUUGAGAAUUUUGGUUGAUAUUCGUAUGUUUGCAAACAAGAUGUUCUUAAUUGCAUACGGCCCAUCCAGAACUUGUCGUCUCUAUCAUCAGCCAUACGUAUGGUCUUUUACUCAAGAAUUUUUUUUAUUAAAUUUUGAGAUUUGUGAGCUGGUCUCGAUAAGAUUUAGAUCACAAAUAUCUAUAACAAAUCACAAUCUGGUCGGUUGUUUUUAUAAAGAUAGAACAAGAUCGUAGAUUCACAUAUAGGGAAUUAUCUCCUGUCAUUGUUUGACAUUUGUCCAAUUUCUUAAUGGCACAGUUUCAUUUUUGAAAAGAAAAAAGAGAAAGAAACACAUUAACAUAUCAAAUUUGAACAAAGAAUGCAGUCACGUGGGCUUCAUGACCGCAGGGCCGCAGGCCAUAACUUCCUCAUGCUAAUGACAUUAUAGUCUAUGCAUUAGUGUAUUUUUUCAGCCAAAAAAAACGACUCAGGAAUUACAUAUUUAUUGCGAAAGCUACGAGCCCAUUUCAGUGAUUGGCUAUAAAAAGCCUACUAAAUUGUUGUGUGUAUAAGUUUGAUUUUUACCUUUAUUGUAUCACAAGUUCUUUUUCAUUAACCACUUAACCAAAAUCCGAUUUAAAACUAUAAAUCUUUUUUUUAAACACUGGUAGUUCUAUUAAAACAUGAAACAUAUUACAAUAGUCCGGCGAUGAACAAUCCCAGGAAUCAACGUCCAGCGAACAACACAAACGCUCUGAAAAAUUAAGCCCACAGAUGGGAGUCUACGUGAAAAUCAUAAACAACAUCCAUAACUAGUACAACUUAAAAACAUAUCAAAUGAAAUCCAUAAACUUCAAAGAAACAAACAUGCGAGACAUCAACGAAACACCUUU